AUUCCUCGCUCGCGAUCCGCAUCAGUCGCACGUCCGCGCGUAGUUAUUACCCAGUGCAUAUACGUGUUCAGUGAACUCACGAUGAAAGCGAUAACCGCAGUGUGCGCUACCGGCGCCUCCGUUCCAGCUAUUGCCAGCGGCCGUGUGCAGAGACACAGGGACGGCGAGAAUGCUGAGAUUCAGAUGUACCUGUCAAAACUUCAGGAUUUGGUGCCUUUUAUGCCGAAGAAUAGGAAGAUUUCAAAGUUGGAGGUGAUCCAGCACGUGAUCGACUAUAUCUGUGACCUACAGUCUGCAUUGGAAAACCAUCCAGCUGUGAGUCAAUUUGACGCGGAGGGUGCUUUAGCGUCGCCACCCUGCGCCGCAGCACCUCAAUCACGCCCGCAGAGGCGCCCACUCGGCCCGCGACCAACACCCAACACAAUCCUUCACAAUAUACCCUCAAGCCAGGAACACAGAACCCAAACGACACCUGAAAAACAGAACCAGCCUGACAGGCCGUCGUGCUAAGUGAUGAUUAGGUUAAGAGACGAUUUAAUUUAUGGUAAAAUGUAAGAUAUACCUCGAACGCGGUGUGUCGCGAAGGAGGCCAGCCGGAGCUCCCUGGGGGUGGGCAAGCCUCCGCUACAGUUCCAGUGAAGAUCAUCUCCGCGGAUGAUAUCCUAUGCACGAUCUCGUUACGAUCAGUAAAACUAUACUUUAAUAUUGUUUUGUGGCAUUAUGCUGAAGACUUAUGUGCAUUGCAAUGCAAUCUACCAUCGAUGUCACUAUGACGCCAUGGACUGUUUUGUUAUAUUUUUAAUGUAAAUAGCUUUACUAGUUAUUAGACCGAAGUAAUCAGUUGAUUUUUGUAAAUAAGUAUAUUGAAUACGUGAAAGAAAACAAAACUUGUUUCACAAUAUCUAACUAUUAAUAAAAAAAAAUACGAGCAAAAACCUUAUUCAACCUUCUAUCCAGAAUUUAAUAAACUUUCCUUUAUUACUGAAAACAAUUUUGUAAAAUUUCACUUUUAGAAUCUUAUAUUGUAAAACUAUGCUUCCAAUUAUAUCAAAGAAGUGAAUCAAUUCUAAGUUGAUUCACCUUUAUAAUUUUAUUAUCUUAAGUUAUGAUUUCAUGAGUGUGAUUUUGCAUUGCGAUUUUGUUUCUAUUAGUUUAUGAAUAUUUCGUAAGUCUAAAACGCAAUCUUUUAUUAUUAAUUUAUAUUGCGUUAGACACAGAACUAUAUCGUGUAAAUAUUUUAUGUAUUAAAAGAUGAUUAUAAAAAUUAGCAAAAAAUUAUCAAUUUGAAAACUUUAAUGAUUUAUUUUGAAUAUAAGGUGAAAAUGCUUUAAUUAUCUUAUAUAAUUCUUAUUACUUAUGGUGUAUUAUACUUUAAAAUAGACUGUUAUAGUUUUAGUUGAGGGAUGCGUUGCUAAUGUAGUUAAACAAAUGUGUUGUCUGUAUGUAUGGUUUUUGCAAAUUAAGAAAUAUAUUUAGUAAGGAACUUAGUGAUCUAUAAUUUGUUAAGAAUUAGAAUUCUUUCUGUAUUGUUAUUUAAUUUGCAAGACUAUAGAUAUAUGAUGAUUAAAGCUCGGUCAUUACCAACUAUUUUGUAUUUGUGUCACAAAUUGUAUCAAUUUUAAGGCUACUACUUAUUGAAUUCACAAUUUCUUUCGUCCGUAUUUUAGUUUUAAAAUCUGCACUGAUUUUUUAAAUAAGAACAGUCACUAAAUCAG